AUGAGAAUGGGAGAAGCCGCGAUUGCAAUCACAAUAUUUCUUGCACUCUGUUCAAUCCAAUCCCAACAAUCCACGUCACUCCCCUCAGAUGAAAACCAGUCCCGGCGCGGGCAGAGCAACUCCUGGAGUGAGGGUAGCAAGAAGAGGGAGACGAUCGAGGUUGGGGGAGGGCCGGACGAUGAUCUUGUGUGGGUGGUGCAGCUAUCUGAUCUCCACUUCAGCGUGCACCACCCCGAGAGAGCCGCUGAUUUCAGGGAGCUUGUGGGGCCCGCACUCUCCUUCAUCAAGCCCGAUCUCGUCCUCCUCACCGGCGACCUCACUGAUGGUAAAAGCAAGGAUUUACUGACAAUGAAACAAGAUGAAGAUGAAUGGAUCGAGUACGAUAAAGUCAUGAGAGAUGUUGUGAAGAGGAGUGGGCUGGAUAAGAGCAAGUUCUAUGAUGUUCGUGGCAACCAUGAUAACUUUGGUGUACCUUCUGUUGGUGGGCCCUUCGAUUUCUUCUCGAAAUACAGCAUUAGCCAGCAACUACAAAGAAGUGGAAAAGUCAAUAGCAUCACAAUUCAGACCAGCAAAAGGAAGAUUCUUUUCGUUGGGUUUGACAGCACAAUGGCCAAAGGCUUACGCGGCCCAACAAAUUUGUUUGGACACCCGACAGAUGAACUGUUAGGAGAUAUAAAUUCUGAACUCAUACAAUGGGAUUCGCAACCUUCUCAACCAGUCACCAAAAUAUCCUUUGGGCAUUUUCCCCUUUCAUUUUCUGCGGCCUCAAAGUCUGGAAAGACACUAAAGGAUAUAUUCAUCAACAAUUCUUUAUCCGUUUACUUGUGCGGACAUUUGCACAUAAAAUUCGGUAAGGAUUUAAAGCGGUACCAUCAUAGUCAAUAUUCCAAACGGCUAUUCCAACUAAAGGGUCAUCGAACGACUUCGGAUAUUUCGACACCGACCAAUGAGUUUUGGGAAUGGGAAACCGGUGAUUGGAGGAAAAAUCGAGUCAUGCGCAUUUUAGCUAUUGAUAGAGGUCAUAUUUCAUUCGUUGAUACCGAUUUCAAAUUAGGAGCGGAAAGAACUAUUAUAUUGCCAACUUUCCCUUUAGACUCGCGCUUCACUUCAUCGACAUUGCGAAACUAUUAUGAACUUUGCAAAGCGGAUGUUUAUUCUUGUGGGUUCAUUCGAGCUCUUGUUUUCUCUUCUUCUCCGAUUGUGUCGGUUUACGCCAAGAUUUACGACUCGAGCGCCAAUAAUCUAGUUGUUGUUCUAGAGUCACCAAUGACUAAGCUUGUUGGAUCUCGUGGCGACAUUUAUAUUGCACCUUGGAAUAUUCGGGCAUUCGAGGACCCUUCUCCCGAAAGAUUUUUACUUCGAAUAGAGGCAAUAGAUAUAAGAAAUCGUUCGACUUUUAGCGAAAUCAGGCCAUUUUCGGUUAAUGGUGUCCCCUUAAGGUUCUCGUGGAGUUGGAAAGAGUUUUUCGUGAUGGGUUGUCAAUGGGACUCCUUGUACUUCCCAAUAGUCUCGGUUUUUUACUUUCUAAGCCUUUCGGUACUCAUUAUCCCGAAAGUAUUCCUUUCUUUUUUUUCCACUAGGCAAUAUACAUUUAGAAAUUUUAGAUCCAACAAAAGAUUCUUGAAUGGACUCGCUUGGAUAUUUAUGGAGCUUUACGAUAUCCAAUUAGCAUGGCUUUCAACAGUGGGUUACUUGUUUUACCUUGUGUUGUGCCCUUGGUUUUAUGGUCAAAUUUGGACUCGGGGAGGUGAAAAAGCAUACAUGACCUAUAAAGGUUGGGUCUUAAAAACCGAAGAUUCAGGGAAGAUUGAAUUUUUUGGAUUCCCCGAUGUGAUGGUGAUUGUUCUUCCACAUCUUUUUCUUGUGGUUUUACCCUCCAUAAUAAUUAUUACGGCAUUUGCUGCUGAGAGUGGAGUAUAUCGUGAUCAUCUUAUGUCUCGUUCUAGUAAGAAGAAAGAUGAUGAUGAUGAUGAUGAUGACGAUAAAACAUCGGAAAUUGUUAUACUCAAGCGCUGGUUUAGAAAACUGCUCUAUGUGGCUUCAUUGGCUAUUGUUUUGAAACAUUUUAAGAAUUGCGUGGCACUGAUGAAGGCGUUUGAGAUGAACCCAAUCGUCGAUUUCCCUGUCUACAGUUUUGCAGUUCCUUUUUUGUUGGCUUAUACUAUUUGGAAGACAAAGGAGAGAAAUCUGAAUGGCUCACAAGAGAAGUAG